UUGGACUCGCAAGGUGGCACCCUGUCUUCUGCCAUUCAACAUCUUCCCAACUCUCUUCAAAGUUAUCUCGAUAGCACUCUUCACCAUCUCCAAUCUGCCUACUCGCAACUUCCUGAACCCGCUCAAGCUUACAUCGAACAAGCCGCUAAAUAUACACAUAUCGAUCGAGUUCCUCCUACGACGUUAGCAGGUAGUGCUUUUGUUAUACUUGCGGCUGCUGUGAGUAUGAGUCGAUGGGGAAAUAAUUGGUUCAGCGGGGGUGCGAGUCGAUUGAGUCCGUUUUCAAGUCGAAGUAAUCCGCCGCAGGUACAAGAUGGGGAUUUCGAAUAUAUUACCAGUGGGGAUAUAGAGGAACCGAGAAGAACUUACGAUCCAUCCACGAGACCACCUCCAUCACAAGGGGAAGAUGAUGUAUUAUUGGUGAAGAAUAAGGGAAUCACCUAUCCAGUCAAAUUUCCAGCUUACAGUAUCGGGGAUGGGAAAUUACAAGUCAGUGAUGUAAGGAAGAGAGCAGCGGCAUUGAUGGAUGUUUCGAAUUGGAAGGUGUUGAAGUUGGUUUACAAGGGACAACAAUUAAAGGAUGAUCAUGCACUUUGUCGAAGCUAUGGACUAAGAAAUCAAUCGGAGAUUCUUUGCAUUGUCGGGGAUGCGUCGACCGGAAGCGAUGAUUCGGAAGAUGAAAGUGAAGAUGUUCAAGAAGGAACAGCAUCCAAGCUCAGAAAGCGAAUCCGCAAGUCGAAGAAUAAGAAGGGAAAAAAGAAGGCUGAUAACAAUCUCAAAACGCCACAAAUGGAAUCCUCUGCGACUUCAAGAGCAGCCUCCCCUAUCCCUCCUCCAACACCUAAAACACCAAUGGAGAAAUUGAACGCUAUUUCAGAUCAUUUCCAUACCGAGAUCUUGCCUAUAGCAGAAGCGUUCAUUGCGAACCCUCCAGAGGAACAAAAGAAGAAGGAUUUGGAACAUAAGAAAUUAAGUGAAACGAUUAUGGGACAGGUUCUGUUAAAAUUGGAUGCGGUUGAGACGGAGGGGGAUCAGGCGGCCAGGGAAACGAGGAAAGCUCUUGUGAGGAAGGCGCAGAAUGUUUUGAAUGAUAUUGAUUCGAAGGUGCCUGGUGACGAAUAA